ACAUAUUAGUUGCGUGCGCAAGGAAAUUUCGUGUUCAAUUUUCAGGUUCAGUCCGUGUACUUGUGACUGCAAUUCAUGAAAAGGUUCAGAUAAUUUGCGGAAUAUGGACAAUUUUUGCGAGCAGCAGCAGAGGCAGAUCCUUUUAUUAUACUUUUCUUCCUCAUGCAGUAGCAGUCGUUUUCGAGCCGUCUGUGUCUGUCUUCGAGGAUCUUUCGUUCACGAUACAACGCUCGUCGGGCAGUUCUCUUUGCCUGAAAAGCGACAGCGCGAUCGUGCACGAAAAACUUCGUUGGUAGUUCAGCAGGAUCAUGUAUGACGAAGCUAUGAACGCUGCGUCUGCGCCAGAGCAAGAGUCGCAGAAGCAAAGCUGGACGGGGGUCGACGAGAUUCCGGGCAUCGUGCGCAGCGUGCGGCUGGCUGUUGCAAGUGGAAUCUCCGUGCCUGAGCGGAUCCUGGUAAUCCAAGCCAUCCAGAGGUGGCUCGAGGAGGACGCGGCGGCGCUCCGGCAAGCAGAAUGGGAGGACCUCCGGCGGCCGGCGGCUUAUCACGAUUUGAUUCGGGGCAACUGCGUGGCGACGUGUAGGUACUAUCUCGAAAAUUUAGAACGGCUGUCCUGCGACGUGGACACGACACCACCAAACCCGCCCGCGCCGGGGUCGCGAGCGAGCCACGCGUAUGUACGCCGGGAGCCAAAGGGCGUCGUGCUCGUGAUUGGGACUUGGAACUUUCCGUUGCCGCUGCACAUCAAACCGUUGGUCACCGCCAUCGCGGCCGGGUGUCCCGUGGUGCUUAAGCUGAACGAGAUUUGCGAGCAGACCAGUUUGGCGAUGCAGAACGGGCUUGCGAAGUUUCUGGCGGGGUUUUCAUCCACGUACGUGCAGACGGUCUUCGGCGGCGUGGCGCAGACGACGAAGCUCCUGCAGUACCCGUUUGGAAUGAUUUUCUACACGGGGAACGCCACGGUUGGCAAGAUCAUCUACCGGCAAGCCGCCGAGCAUUUGACGCCGGUCACACUGGAGCUCGGCGGAAAGAACCCCGUGGUGCUCCUUCCCGGCUGCAAUCUGAAGUACGCGGUCCGCAAACUACUGGACGCGAAGCUGCAAAACGUCGGACAGUUUUGCGUGAGUCCCGACCACGUGUGGCUGCACCGUACGCUGGUGCCGGAGUUUCGGCGCCUGGUAAAAGCCACGCUGUUGGAGUUCCUCGGGGAAAAUCCCAAGGCCUCUCCCCGCUACUCCCGCAUCGUCAAUCAGCGACACUUUGACCGCAUUCUGGGAAUCGUUAAGAACGGUUGGGAGUACCUUUCCGGUCGUUUAGAAGAAGGCACAACCACUUUUUCUUUCGUGGAGGACCUAGCGCCAGCGGGGUACGACCCACUUUCGAAUGCGGAUGCAGCGGACCGGUAUAUUCCGCCAGUGGUUCUGUUGAACUUGCCCAAAGAGGCUCGCUUGCGGCAGGAGGAAAUUUUUGGGCCCUGCCUCGCGGCAAACGUGUUUGAGGAGCUAGAAGAUAUUUUCAGUUUCGAAUCCAGCAAUAACGGGGAGCCGUUGGCACUGUACAUUUUCGGCGAUACGAAGAGCGAGGAGGCAGAGAUUCUGGAGAUUCAAAACCGCUUGCGCAGUGGAGGCGUCUGUGUGAAUGAUGCGAUCGUCCACAUGCUCGCGGAAACGCUUCCCUUCGGAGGCACCGGCAGCUCUGGUUUUGGGAACUACCGAGGUGACUGGGGCUUCAACACCUUCACGCACGAAAGAGCGGUAAUGGUUUUCGACAAGGAUGAUCUACACCCAAGAUUACAGGAGCAGCAGGAUUUGUAAUGUUUUCUGGGAGCAAGCAAAAGAAAAUCUACAAUAUGCGAGCUUGUUGAAGUGCUACAUCUUUCUGACGCCUUAUCGGCUUUGCUUAUGUUGUUGAUCACCUAUUUCGGUUUGGCUUGAGUAUCACGGACAUUCUUGGCUCGCGCAACACUGG